AAACUCCACGUGAACGCUCCGCUGCGCGUGCCCGAGUCCCUCCUCUCCUACCCUGAAGUUGAGGAGAAGUUUGAGGAUCCAGAUUGAGACUCGGUGAGGAGUCAGCGGAGAGACAGCAGGGCGGACUGAAGCAGGCAGCCAACAUGGACGACCUGGAUGCGCUGCUAGCAGACCUGGAGUCCACAACGUCCCACAUCUCCAAGAGGCCGGUCUUCCUGCCUGAUGAGACGCCCUACUCCAUCCCAACAGGUGGACUUCCCUACCAGGACGUGUCCAGGCCUCCUCCGGUUCCUCCUCCACCUUCAGCCGACGCUCUGAAUGGUUCUCUGACGGAUCAGCCAGACUCCCACCACUCUUCCCAGCAGUCUCUGGGCUCGGCCCAGAAGAACUCGUGGUCCAGAGACAGCAGCAGUUCUCCGCUGUCGCACAUCGAGGAGGACCAUGUUUACAGUUUUCCUAACAAACACAAGACGUCGGAUUCGUCUUCGGCAGCCAUGAGCUCGGCUCUGGGCAGCAACCUCUCAGAGCUGGACCGCCUUCUGCUGGAGCUGAACGCCGUGCAGCAGAGCUCUCCUUCCUUCCCAACUACAGAGGAGGCAGCUCCGCCCCUACCGUCAUGCAGCAUCACCCACUAUGAGAACGGCGGCGCUCCCGACAUCCUGGUCAGCCCCCCACCACAGGAGAAGCCCAAGAGGAACGGCAUCAGGGCGGAGGAUGUGGGAGGGCUGCUGGAGGGCUCAGGUCCUUCUCCCAGCUCUUCAUCUGGACACAACGAUCUGGACGCAUCAUCUCAGCAGCAGAGCAGGAUGUCGGCUUCCUGCGCCACCAGAGAGCUGGAUGAACUGAUGGCGUCUCUGUCUGACUUUAAGCCCGCUUCUUUGGGCUCCCUGUCGGACCCGGCAGGGACACCAGCGCCUUCCUCCUUCCCUCCAGCUGCUUCUUCUUCUCUUGGUCUUCCUCCUCCUGCCUCCUGUUUCCUUCCUCUCUCUGCCGCUCUGGAGUUGCACAUAAACGAGGAGGGACCUGCCUGCGGCUCAGCGACGCCUCAGUCAGGCCUCCUCGUGCCCAACAGUCCCACCUCGUCUCUCUCGGCCGCCAGUGACGCAGACCUGGACUCGGUCCUAGAUGCGUCCGCCUCCCUGCUGUCCUCCAAGACCAGGUCCCUGCUCGCCCUCAGUCAGUCGGCUCCCUCUAACUCCAGCCUGUCCAACACCACCACCCCCUCCCUGACCUCUGUGAACACCGUCCUGGAGCGGAAGACCCCCAAAUCCCCCAGUCCGUCAGCGGAGCGCCUCUCCCCCUCCGUGGUUAAAAGGUUCGGCCCCUCGGACUCUUCCUGCCUGCGGCCUGCUUGUUUUCUGGACCGUGAUUUGGAUUUCACCUCUCAGACACUUUCAAAAACCUUCACCCCUCCCCCCUCAGCUCUGUCCCCCCUGCCUGCUGCUGUGUCCCCCCUGACGACCCCCUCUCCUCUGGUGUUCACCAGCACCAGCAGGCAGCUGUCAGAGGUGCCUCCUGCAGAGCAGAGGGGUGCCCCCCUCGCCCUGCAGCCCCCGUCUGCAGCUGAACCUUCUCUGGACGAGCCCCUGGAUAAGCUUUUAGCCAUGAGUUUGGCUCAGACACAAGCAUCCGAUGUGGAGGAACCGCUGGAGAAGAUGGAGGACCACUCCCUCAGAGGACUGCAGGAGGAGCUGAUCCUGCCCAUGGACAGAAGCUGCGUCCAACCGGACACCUUUACCAGCACCACCAACACCAUCACAGACGACUCCAUAGACAUGGGAACCGACGGGAACGGAGACCUGGACUGGGCUGACGAGGAGCUAUCCCUGUCGCUGCACGACGGGCUGGACGGCACCGUGACGCCGUUCACCGAGCGGCUGUAUACCGACGGCAGCAUGACUCCGCUGACCGAGGCCAGCUGGAUGGACGAGUCCAUCACCCCGUAUUCCUGCCCCGGGACCCCAGACGUCCCACUAGAGCUGCUGCAGGCCCCCAGUGUAGACCGGGUCUCUGCUACAGGACACAUAAAGUCCGUGAUCAGACGCACUAAAGAGACCCCCAAUGUGCACCCCAUGUAUCGGGACGGCCACCUGCGCAGGAAGAUGGGACCCAUCAUUGUGAAUAAGAACUCGUCUCAGGACCGCCUAAUAGAGGAGCUUCAGGGGAAGCUGGGCAUAAACCGCCCGGAGCGGCGCCGUAAACAGUCCGACGAGUGGCUGACUGACGGAGUCGUGCUAACCUCCAAGCCACAGCGCCUCCGUCCCGACGGGUCCGCCGGCGAGGUGGACAAGAUCGUUCUUCCUCCUGACUCACCCAUCCCCUCCAGGAAGGUGCUUCCUCCCCUCUCUCCCCCUAACCUGCGCCGCCCCCCUGUUCUAGAAGAACCAAAGAGAGCCCUCCCAGUGCAGCAGCACCCUGUCCCAAUACCACCACCACCUCCCCCACCUUCCUCCUUUACCUCACAGCGUACCCUUCCUCGGGAACAGCGUCCUCUUCCUCAGCAAGUCACAAAGGCCCCUCCCCCACCGGCACCCCUUCAGGAAGCCCCUAAACCAGAACCCUGUCCUCCUAUCGUUAGCACCCCUAACAAUCCGCCCCCCGUGGAGCCAGUACAACCGGCUGCGCCCAAAGUCCUGGUAUCUGUGGGCUGCCAGACCGAGUCGGACCUGUUCUUCCCUCCAAUGCAGAUUCUGGCCCAGGGGAAGGCCGGCCCUCCGGGGGGGCCGCCGACUCAGGUCAACAAGCUCGACAACAUGCUAGGCAGCCUGCAGUCGGACCUGAACAAGCUGGGGGUGCAGACGGUCGCUAAGGGAGUCUGUGGCGCCUGCUGUAAGCCCAUCGUUGGACAGGUGGUGACGGCCAUGGGCCGGACGUGGCACCCGGAGCACUUUGUGUGCACACACUGUCAGGAGGAGAUUGGCUCCAGGAACUUCUUUGAGCGUGAGGGCCAGCCAUACUGUGAGAAGGAUUACCACCACCUGUUCUCCCCACGCUGCUACUACUGCAACGGACCCAUCCUGGACAAAGUGGUGACAGCGCUGGAUCGGACCUGGCAUCCGGAGCAUUUCUUCUGCGCUCAGUGUGGAUCCUUCUUUGGCCCGGAGGGUUUCCAUGAGAAGGACGGGAAGGCGUACUGCAGGAAGGAUUACUUCGACAUGUUUGCCCCCAAAUGUGGCGGCUGUGCCAGAGCCAUCCUGGAGAACUACAUCUCUGCCCUCAACUGCCUUUGGCAUCCGGAGUGUUUCGUCUGCAGAGAGUGCUUCACCCCGUUCGUGAACGGAAGCUUCUUUGAGCACGACGGCCAGCCGUACUGCGAGGUUCACUACCACGAGCGGCGCGGCUCGCUCUGCUCCGGCUGCCAGAAGCCCAUCACGGGGCGCUGCAUCACCGCCAUGGCCAAGAAGUUUCACCCGGAGCACUUCGUCUGCGCCUUCUGCCUGAAGCAGCUUAACAAAGGCACCUUCAAAGAGCAGAACGACAAGCCGUACUGCCAGGGCUGCUUCAUCAAGCUCUUCAGUUAGACACUUCCUCUUAACCAACGUGUGCAAAUAUACUUUCGACCAUUUAGUGACGUCACUACCUUCAGUGCGAUCUAGACUUUAUGCCAUAAACUGACAGGAAAGUGGGAAGUUGAGGAGAAAUGAUGCACUGUUACACAUAGAUAUCAUCCAGAACAAGGUGCGGCCUGCGUCUCGACUCCGCCUCCUUUCACAUAAUAGUUUUUUAAGCCCCUCCCCUAUGAAGGAACACUUAGGUCAAGUAUUCACUUUUUUAUCCGUCCGACAAACGUUUUAAAACUCAUUGUUUUUUUGAAAAUUCCGAUCUUUCUCAUAACGUCUCUGAUUUCUGCGUCGUAGUUCUGUGCUUUAAAUGGGGUGUGGAAACGUUUUGGUAGCAACCGUUGAAGUGUUGUCCUUGAAGCAGAGUCCUGAUUGCAUGUUAAACGUUUUGGUGGCUCUCAGCUGGUCUGUGGAUCUGAUGAAUCGGAUCAAACCAGAAAUGAGACGCGGCGUUCCUGUCUGGAAAACGUCCGGCGUUCCUGACGUCCGGUUUGGUUUCUGAGUUCUGACUGCUUCGCUCACUGGCUGAGUGUCGCUUAGCAGCCAUUAAACAGGAAGGAAAAACGACCUGUGGUUUUAACUCAGAAAUCACAUGGUUAGAUUUUGUUUUCUUCAAAGCAGAUAUGAUGUCAGAACGGCGUUUAGACUCUUGGAAUGUAGAAGAAAGAGAAGGUCGCUCUGAGAACAGGAAAAGUGAAGUCCCUCUGCAGUGAUGUCUGACUGCUCAGCAGUAAGGAAGCGUGGAAACCAUGUUGCUAAGCUAAAGAUUCUUUCCUCCAUUAAUGAUUCAGUUCCUGAUGUCACCUUCACACCGUUUCCCUCCUCAUCUUUACUCCUGGACAUGCAGGAGAUGUUUGAGUUCAUGUAGAAGGUCCUAAACGUUCUGCGCCGUCGCAUCGUUCCUCAUCGUAUCCAAAGUAGCUGCGGGGAAUGUGUUCAGUAACCUCUGGUUCGGCGGUGAGGAGGAGCUGAGGCGCGGAGCGCACCCUCAAGGGCUGGUUAUCCUCCCGCAGCAGCGUGUGGCGGUUAGCUUGUCGCAGGUAUGAUGCAGAUAUUUUUGAUUUAUGCCCAAUGUUGAAGCGUGGUCUGAGCUAUGUUAUUCCACGCCACAACGCCAGAGGGAUAAUUAGGAACUAGCUUUGAUUGUAGGUGUCCGUGUUUCGGUUUGACGAGCUUGUUCACCAUCUACAACCCCUCAUCCAACGCCGGACGACGCACAGUUUCCCCGUGAGUGUUCCUCAAAGACUGGCCGUGACGCUGCGUGUUUUGGCUUCAGGUGCAAACCAACAGACCGUCGCACAGAGCUACAAACUAGCGUCCUGCACGGCGUCUGGGAUAGAGUCUGAGGUGAGCCAGGCGCUGUGGACGGAGCUACAGCCAGAGUUUCUGCCAUUAGCUACCAAACAGGAAAUAUGCAUAGAGUAGAGCAGAUGUAGAACUGACCAAUCAGAGGCCUCCUGCCUGCGGUCACCUACAGUUUAUUUUCAUAAACCAUCCUUUAGUUUGCUGGGAUCGCUGUCAGGAAACGGAUGGAUGUGGAGCAGCAGCUGAACUGGUGAAGGUAGAGAAGACUGGUGAGCAGAGCGGCUUUGUUUCAGUGUCUGUAGCUCCACUCUCAACUGGAUCGCGGUUCUAAUCCAGCUGCUGGGGGUGGGGGGGCGAUUCCAGUCCUUUCCCUUAGCAUCAGCGGCUUCUACUGACCACUAGGUGGAGUCUCUUCAUCUUGUUCAGGGAAUUUUGCAGCCGUAUUUCUUCUCUUUAUUUAAAAAAAUACAUGUUACAGGAGUCUGGUUCCUUUAUUUAACCAAAGCUGCGCCUCCUUCAGAUCCUUCUUCUCUCCUUUCCUCUCAGAUCGUCGGUCUGAAAAGUGAUUAAUCAUCGUUAGUCUGUCUAUGCAAAUAAAACUGUUUUCCUACCAA